GAGGACAACAAUGACGACUAUUGUUGGUUGAUGAUAGAGGAAAAAGAAAAAAGAGAAGAGAAUAGUAAUGAAAAGAGAAGACAAUAAUGUUGGAGCAUCUGCAAAUAGAGGGAGAGAGAAGAGGCAGAAAAGAGGGAACAGUAAUGAAAAAGGAGAGAGAAUGGAGAGAUUAGGAGAGGAGCAUGGAUGUUUGUUGUGCCCGAGGAAGAGGUUGGAGCUGGGGGAGUGAUCGAGUUUGGACCUGGUCAGAGGCUUGGGUUGCACAGGCCAACCUAGGCAAGGCAUCCGAUGUCUCAACCCAGGCUUUUCUAGGUGGUGCAUAGUUGAAGCCUGAAGACACCUCGUCUCUGACUCAUCAAGGAAUUUGGGCCUUCCCUUGCCUUGCCUUAGCAUAUAGGUGCUGAACCUGAGGGCUGAUUUUCUGUGGAAGAAAUGGACCUAGAUAUGAUACAAGAUGCAUUUGACCGUGUUGCUAAGAAGCAGAAGCUCUCUUCUUCUAAAAUUCAAGAACUCAUCGACCAAGUUAGACGAGAGAUCGAGCAGGCAACGGCAAAGUUGCAGAUGACUGAAAAUGCUACUGGCUGUUCUGACCAGAAAUCCAUACUGGUUGAUCUGAAGACCAAGCUUAAUGAGAUUGCCCCAAUGAAACAACUGGAAAGUCUUCAGAAGGAACUGAAUGUUGGGCUUGGCAAAUAUGUCAAAAUCAUCGAGAAGUGUUUCAAUCCAGAUAUAUCAAAAGCAUAUCGAAAUGUAGACUUUGAUGUCCAUAUAGUGAAUCAGAUUAUUGCAAGCCACUUCUAUCGCCAGGGCCUGUUCGAUCUUGGUGACUGCUUUAUAAGUGAGGCAAAUGAACCAGAAGCUGCAGCCCUGAAAUCUCCUUUCAUGGAAAUGUACAGCAUACUCGAGGCUAUGAGGUGUAGGAAUCUUGAACCUGCUCUUAGUUGGGCUUCCAAGCAGAGUGAACGGCUGUUGCAGAAUGGUUCAGAUCUUGAACUGAAGCUUCACCAACUGCAAUUUGUGGAGAUUCUACAGAAUGGCAGUAGAAGUGAGGCUCUCAAUUAUGCCAGGACGUACUUGGCUCCAUUUGCUUCGGUGCACAAGGUCGAGAUCCAAAAGCUAAUUGCCUGUCUAUUAUGGGCUGGUAGGCUCCACGAGUCCCCUUAUGCUGAUUUCAUGUACCCAAGUCACUGGGAGAGAUUGGCUGAGGAGUUCAUGCAGCAGUUCUGCAGCUUGCUGGGUCAAUCUUUUCAGAGCCCACUUAGUGUGGCGAUAGCUGCGGGUGUCCAAGGACUGCCGACGCUGUUGAAGCUAGAGAGUGUGAUGGCUGCUAAGAAACAGGAGUGGCAGGCGAUGAAGCAGCUCCCAGUUCCUGUCGACCUAGGGAGGGAGUUUCAGUUUCACUCGAUCUUUGUUUGCCCGGUGCUCAGGGAGCAAGGAAGCGAUGAGAACCCUCCAAUGCUCAUGCCUUGUGGGCAUGUGCUCUCCAAGCAAUCAAUAGCAAAGCUCUCGAAAAGCAGUACACGGGCUUUUAAGUGUCCUUAUUGUCCGCUGGAGGCAAGUGUGGCUCAAUGUAAGCUACUUCACUUCUAGCUGUUGGUUAGGCUUAUCAUCGUGGCUGUGUGGCAGCUUGGGUACUCCAUCAAGCAGGUAGUCUGCUGUGAGAUGUAUCUGAGAUACUGUAGCCAUGAAUAUGGCUGUGACUUUCCAUAUCGUUGGUUCUCACUAUCUCCUGAUAUUUCAUUGAGAUGUUCAGUAGUUCAUUCGAACCUGAGAUAUUAUCACUUUCAUUGUUAUGGAUGUACAUAAGCAAAACUUCAUGUUUAUCGA